GGUCAAAUGUAAUAACAACAAUCAGCUGUUUGUACUUGGUCGUGAGAAUUGGUAUAUUCCAUAUAAAUUUUUCAGCUCCAACUAAGAGAUAUAUAAAUAUUGAUAACAUGUUGAAUUAAACAUGCCUUUUUACAGCAACAGCUUUAGACGUAUUUUGGACAAGUGGCCUGGCAAGCAGCGAUUUGGCGUCUAUAGAUUUUUGCCAUUGUUUUUUGUUCUCGGUGCUACUUUAGAAUUUUCGAUGAUCAACUGGACAGUUGGAGAAACUAACUUUUAUCAUACAUUUAAAAAACGUCAAGCCAAAAAUUUUGUUGAAGAAAAAUUGCAAAUAACGCAAGGACAAGUUCAAACACCAACUAAAGAAGUUGCGUAAUUGUACACGUUCGUAAUUAAAAUAUUGGAAAAAUGCCUGCUGGGGUUUCUUGGGGACAAUAUAUGAAAUUUCUCUCAGCGGCGAUGUUGUCUAUGAUGGCUGGCUCGCAAUUAGUACAUAUGUACUACAAACCAUUAGAUGAUUUAAAUACAUACAUAGAACGCGAAGUUGGAGCUACAAAUACACAAAAGUUAGAAGUUAAAUUAUCUCCCUCAGAAAAAUCAAACCAAACAGCAGAUGGAAAAAUCGCUUAGUGAAUGUUAUAGUUAAGAAAUGACAAUAAAGCAAAUAUUGAGCAUUUCUUUUACAAAA